GCAGAGGAGCCCAAGGUGGGGAUCAAGACCAUCAAGAUGUACUGCCAGAGGAUGCAGGAGGAGAACAUCACCCGCGCGCUGAUCGUCGUGCAGCAGGGCAUGACCCCCUCGGCCAAGCAGUCCCUGGUAGAUAUGGCUCCCAAGUACAUCCUGGAGCAGUUCCUGCAGCAGGAGCUUCUGAUCAACAUCACCGAGCAACAGCUGGUCCCGGAGCACGUUGUCAUGACGAAGGAAGAAGUAACUGAGCUGCUGGCCAGAUAUAAGCUGAGGGAGAACCAGCUCCCCAGGAUCCAGGCUGGGGAUCCCGUGGCCCGGUACUUCGGAAUAAAGCGCGGUCAGGUGGUGAAGAUCAUCAGACCGAGUGAGACCGCGGGCCGCUACAUCACCUACAGACUGGUGCAGUGA